UUUCUUCCUCCAAACUCUCCACCACGCCCACGGCGACUAACGACCGCGCCUUCGAGAUCCCGACGCCCGCCUGCCGCCCGGCGCGCGAAGCCACCCGCCGUCGCGCUCCCGCCCUGCCCGUCCCGGAUCCAUCGCGCGAUGGCGUCGCGCUCCUACUCGUCCGGCUCGUACACCUCGGAUCUCUCGCCGCCGGCCAACCCCCGUGGUCGGCCCAGGGAUACUUCGGUUGUCGUUGUCGUGUUGGAGACGAGCGAGGUGUACAUUGUGAUUAGUUUGUCAACAAGAAAGGAUACCCAGGUAAUCUAUGUCGACCCAACCACGGGUUACCUGCACUACCUGGGGAGGCAUGGCGAGGACCUGUUUGAUUCAGAGGCAGCGGCAUUGAACUACAUUACUGAUGGAUCGAGAAUUUUAUGCAAGAGUACUACAUACUCUAAAGCAGUACUAGGUUAUGCGGUACUGGGGAGUUACGCUUUGCUUUUGGUUGCAACGCAAUUGAGUGCAACGGUACCAAACCUACCUGCAGGUGGGUGUAUAUAUACGGUGGCAGAGAGUCAAUGGAUAAAGAUUCAGCUGCAAAACCCUCAAGCCCAAGGAAAUGGAGAGUUGAAGAAUAUCAAGGAAUUGGCUGAACUUGACAUUGAUGGGAAGUACUACUUUUGUGAAACUAGGGAUAUUACCAGGCCGUUUCCAAGCCGUAUGACUCUUCAGGAACCAGACGAAGAAUUUGUGUGGAAUGGAUGGUUAGCAAAGCCUUUUAUGGAUAUUGGGUUGCCAGGGCACUGUGUUGUUCUAUUGCAGGGUUUUGCCGAGUGCCGGAGUUUUGGAGGUACUGGACAGCAAGGUGGGAUAGUUGCCCUCCUUGCACGUCGUAGUCGGCUGCACCCUGGGACCCGGUAUUUGGCUCGUGGGAUAAAUGCUUGUUCAGGCACAGGUAAUGAGGUGGAGUGUGAGCAGCUUGUAUGGGCCCCUCGGAAGGAUGGGCAAGGGCAACGUAUCCCCUUCAGCUCUUAUAUAUGGCGCCGUGGAACUAUACCAAUAUGGUGGGGCGCAGAAAUAAAAAAUGCUGUUUCAGUAGAAGCUGAAAUUUAUGUUGCUGAUGAUCCUUUCAAUGGGAGCUUACAGUACUACCAACGGUUGGGUAGAAGAUAUGGAAACAAAUCAUCGGAAGUCAAUGCAACGAGUCAAAAGAAACCUGGAAUGGUUCCCAUUGUGUUGGUUAACUUGCUGAGGUAUGGUGAUGGUAAACCUGAGACAGUUCUUGUUGAUUCUUUCAAAAGUUCGCUUGAGUACCUGAGGUCUACUAAAAAGCUUGGGAAAACCUGGAUUCAGUUGAUAAAUUAUGACUGGCAUGCCACUGUGAAGUUAAAAGGUCAACAGCAAACAGUUGAGGGCCUUUGGAGACACCUUAAAGCACCUACAAUGGCAAUUGGCUUCAGUGAAGGGAAUUACUAUAAUGUAAAGCAGCAGCUUAAGGGAUGUAAAGGAUCAGUUAUCUUCAAUGAUGACAUCAGUGGUGGGUUUUGCAUGGAAUCUAUACAAAAUGGGGUGGUGCGCUUUAAUUGUGCAGACUCUCUUGAUCGAACCAAUGCUGCAAGCUACUUUGGGGCACUUCAAGUUUUUGUCGAACAGUGUAGUCGCCUGAGUAUAUCCCUUGAUGUCGAUGCAAUGUUUGGCCUAUCAUCAAGCAGAUACCCUGAAUAUAAUGGUAGAAAUCCUCGUACUUUACCCCCUGGGUGGGAGGAGCGCUUUGAUUCUGUAACAGGGAAAUCAUUCUAUAUUGAUCAUAAUACCCGCACUACAACGUGGGAACAUCCAUGUCAGGAGGCUCCCCAAAAGCCAUGGAAGAGAUUUGAUAUGACAUUUGAUCAGUUCAAAGGCUCAACAAUGCUUGCUCCAGUGAACCACCUUGCUGAACUUUUUCUUCUGGCUGGUGAUAUCCAUGCUACGUUGUACACUGGCUCAAAAGCUAUGCACAGUGAAAUUCUGAACAUAUUCAAGGAAGAGACUGGAAAAUUUAGUAAAUUCUCAGCUGCUCAGAAUGUCAAGAUUACACUGCAAAGAAGAUUCCAGAAUUAUAUUAAUGAUAGUUCUCGUCAAAAACAGUUUGAGAUGUUCCUUGGAUUGAGGCUGUUUAAGCAUCUCCCAUCCAUCCCUGUUUCUCCUCUCAAAGUACUUUCGAGGCCAUCUGGAUGCAUGUUAAAACCAGUUCCUAGUAUCACCCCUGUGGCUGAUGGUGGUUCUAGUCUUCUCAGCUUCAAAAAGAAGGAUCUGAUUUGGGUAUGUCAGCAAGGUGCUGACUAUGUUGAGCUUUUUAUAUACCUUGGAGAACCUUGUCAAGUCUGUCAGCUUCUUCUCACUGUAUCUCAUGGUGUUGAUGAUUCUUCAUAUCCAGCAACUAUUGAUGUUAGAGUUGGCUCCAGCAUAGAUACCCUUAAGCUUGUUCUUGAGGGUGCUUGCAUUCCACAAUGCUCCAAUGGGACAAAUUUGUUGAUCCCACUUACUGGAAGAAUUGAUCCAGAGGACUUAGCUGUGACGGGUAAAAGUGCUCGUCCAAAUAUUCAAGAGAGCACUAACCUUCCUUUGCUGUAUGACUUUGAAGAGCUGGAAGGAGAAUUAAACUUUCUAAAUCGAGUUGUUGCAUUAUCUUUUCAUCCAUCUGCCAGGGCAAGUACACCCAUUACUCUUGGUGAGAUUGAAGUUCUUGGGAUUUCUCUUCCAUGGGUGGAUAUGUUAACAGACAGCAGACAUGGCCCUAAAUAUGUAGAGCUUCUACAUAAAAAGUUGUCUAGUAUUCCUGGCAAUGUUGGUUCUAAGGAAUUUGGGAGUUCUUCAAAUUCAAACUUGCUUAGGAAUGGCGCUCUUGGUAGUGAAAGCGCCUUUUCUACUAGAGGCUCUUCGUUAAUUCCACAAGGCAGUUCAGGACAUUUCUUGGACUUUCUAACUGGUGAUUUUGACGUGCUGAAUCAAUCAGCUGAAACUGAUACUUUUGUUAAUGUGGAACAAACAAACUCAUCUGAUGAUGAAUUUGAUGUUAACCCUUUUGCUGUCGCAUCAGAGAUGCCUUCUGCUAAAGUGAAUAGCCAAGUUGAAGAAUUUGGCAGCGCACACCUUUAUCUUAAGUUUUUCGAAUCACUUUCUGGAAAUACCAAGGGGAAGGAUCUUAACUUCGAGCAAAUGAUGAAGCUUGAAAUAAAACGUCUUUGUCUUGAUCUUUCUGCUGCGGAAAGAGACCACGCGUUGUUAUCGAUUGGUGUUAUUCCUGCCACAGUAGAUCCAAACCGCUCGGUUGAUUAUUCAUACCUGUUGAAGUUGUCUAGCCUUGCUGAUUAUCUGGCAUUGCUGGGCCAUACUGUCCAUGAGGAUCAUGUAAAUGCUUCAAUAGGGCUUGAAAAGAUCAAUGACCAUGCUAUAGACUUUUGGAAUAUUUGUGAAAAUGAUGAGUCGUGCACUGGUGGAGUAUGUGAAGUCCGUGCUUUGUCUUCAUCACAAGCUUCUGCCAAUAGUGAGAACUCUUCAAUAUUUGUAGAAUGUUCCCAAUGUGGAAGGACAGCAUGCAAAGCAUGUUGUGCUGGGAAAGGAGCCUUUCUUUUGCUUAAUAACACUUACAGGGACUUGAAGAUAUAUGGUGGGAGUCAAGGUGGUGGCUAUUCAGCUCUUGCAGAUAAUUUUGUGUGCAAAGUAUGCUGCAGUGAGGUGAUCAAACAUGCAUUAUAUGUGGAUUAUGUGAGGGUUCUUCAUAGUCUGCGAAGAGAAGGUCGUACAGAGCAAGCAGCACUGAAAGCUGUGAAUCAGGUCUGCCGAUUUGAAUUCAGUAGAAUAUCUGAUUUCACUCAGAGUGUUCAAUAUGGUCAAAGGCAAUUGAAGCAGCUCCUUAACGGUGAAGAAUCUCUUGCAGAAUUUCCACAUGCAAGCUUUCUACAAACGGUAGAAACGGCUGAUGACUCUGAACCAUUGUUGUCAUUACUGGCACCAUUUGGUAUUGGAGAGUACAAGUCUUAUUGGAAAGCUCCACUGGAUAACACAUCUGUGGAGUUCUCGAUUGUUCUUGGUGGUUUGUCUGAUGUUUCAGGAGUUGCAAUAAUUGUUGGUUCCUGUGGUUACUCAACAUCUGACUGCCCAAUGGUGGAGAUCUGGGCUGGUAAUAAAAUACAUCGAGAAGAUCGCACAUUUAUAGGAAAGUGGGACGCACAUGACAUAAUAUCGUCAUCUCCACAUCUUUGUGGACCCGAAAAAACAAGUAGCAUGAGUGAAGAGCCAAGGCAUAUUAAAUUUCACUUCCCAAACCCUAUCCGCUGUCGCAUUGUUUCAAUAAAGAUGACACUCAACCAUAUUUCUUCUCAUUCAACCAAGUUCAGUGAGGAAUUCGAUCUUUUAUCAUUAAGUGAAGGCACAUUUUCUGAAUCCAAGCCAACCACUCCACAGAAUUCAUUUAUCCAUGCAAAAAGGAUUGUUAUUUUUGGCAACACUUUGAGAAAGGAGAUAAAUUCUGACGCAUCUGCAGGAAUAAUGAGGAUGAAGAAUUAUUUAGACAGAUCACAACCUCUGGGCAGAUUUAGGAUUCCAGUUGAAGCUGAAAGGUUGAGAGAUAAUGAUCUUGUUCUGGAGCAAUAUCUCUUGCCUAAUACACCUGCAAUAGCUGGAUUCCGCAUUGAUUUCUUUAAUGUUGUUAGACCACGGGUUACCCAUUCACCUUCCUCAUUGGAGUUGGAUAUGAAGGAAUUUUCAUUGAUACGUAUGGAAGAUAGAAUUGUAAAUCCUGCAGUUCUUUAUUUACAAGUCACAAUUGUUAAGGAGUCUGGAAAGCUGGUUGUUGAGGAAUACCGUUUACCAGAAGUAAAAGUGAAUACACCACUCUAUUAUGAUUUUCAAGAUUUACAACAAGAUGUCCGUUGUGUUCUCUUUAGAUUACUUGGGGAUGUCACCUCCUUUGUUGAUGACAUUGCUGAGAUUGAUGGCUCAAACAUGCGGAAUCUUCCUUUGGCCACUGGAUUAUCUUUGUCAAAUAAGAUCAAGUUGUAUUACUAUGCUGAUACAUAUGAAAUGGGAAAAAUUGGAAGUCUCUCAGCCGUAUGAUAUAUGAGGUUGUAUCCGCCAUGAUGGAAUAUUUACGACAUCAUAUUUGGUGGUGGUCACUGGUCAGAUUGGUGUUGUAAACUAUUGGUUCUAUCCGGACCAGCAGCGAACUGGUGAUGCAGUGGACGAUGGUGAUAAGCGGCCGCGAUGCUGCAAAGAAACAAACAGCUGCUUUCAUGAUGAUGUUCGUUGUCUUGAUCUUCCAGUGAUCCAAUCCAAGGAUUCUGGGCAUUUACUGAAUUUCUGGAAACUCGAUCUUUUUGCUAGAGAAUGUCUAGAAAUUCAACUGAUUGUAGGUUUUCCUUCGACGGGAGACUGAUGGUGGUUUUCAAUGUUGCAAGUUACACUCGUGAUACAUGUAUGAAAUUUGUUAUGCCUGUAUAGGUUUAGGAGCUGGAUUUGUAUGAGUUCUUUUUAUCGGUAAAUAUUUUGGGCACCGAGUAUUACAAAAUUACUAGGGCCAGCUAUACCAUGCCAAUAACUCGACGCUAAAAUAUUGUUCACAUUGGGUUGUGUUCAGCAACGCAUUUCAUUUUCAUGUGAAUCAAGCGGCAGACGAAGGAUUUGUGCUGAAAAAAGGUUGUUUCAUGUAAAACAUAACACACACAAAGUUGACAGUAACAGAUUUAAAGUACAGAUAACGGCGCAAAUAAUGUAUAAACAGUUUUCUUUCCCAUGUAGU